AUGGGGCGGGCGGCGGAACACGACUGCGGCGGCCGGGGGCCUCGGUGGAGGCGGAGCAGCCGCCGCUGCCGCCACAGCCCCGGUCAGGAUUUGAAAGAUUAAAAACUCCUGGUGGAGAGGGCGGCGGCGUUGAAUGUGUGGCGGAAGCGCUGUGGGCCACGGCUCGGCGCCGGGCCGGGCAGCCGGCGGCAUCUCCACAGCAUGAAUUACCCGGGCCACGGGCCUCCCCGAAACCCCGAGCAUAACGGCCGGGGCGGCGGCGUUGCCGCCGCUUGGGAGCUGGGCUCGGGUGCGGAGCCGGCGUUCGGCGACAGCGUCUGCUGCUUCGACCACCUGCCCGCCGGGGACCCGGGCGACGACGAGGUGCCCCUGGCCCUGCUGCGCGGGGAGCCCGGACUGCAUUUGGCGUCGGGAGCGGAGGACCACAACCACCACCUGGCGCUGGACCCCUGCCUCAGUGACGAGAACUAUGACUUCAGCUCUGCCGAGUCGGGCUCCUCGCUGCGCUACUACAGCGAGGGCGAGAGUGGUGGCGGCGGCAGCUCCUCGUCGUUGCACCCGCCGCAGCAGCCGCCGCUGGUCGCGACGAACUCGGGGGGCGGCGGGACGGCGGCAGGGGGGCCCGGGGAGAGGAAGCGCACUCGGCUCGGCGGCGCGGCCGCCCGGCACCGCUACGAGGUGGUGACGGAGCUGGGCCCGGAGGAGGUGCGCUGGUUCUACAAGGAGGACAAGAAGACCUGGAAGCCCUUCAUCGGCUACGACUCCCUCCGCAUCGAGCUCGCCUUCCGAACCCUGCUGCAGGCCACCGGGGCCCGGGCCCGGGCGCAGGACCCGGACGGCGACCAUGUGGGCGGCCCGGCCUCCCCCGCGGGGCCGGCCUCCAGCUCCCUGGAGGACGACGCCGAGGACCGCGUCUGCGGCUUCUGCCCGCGCAUUGCCGGGCUCGGGCGCGAGAUGGAGGAGCUGGUGAACAUCGAGCGGGUGUGUGUGCGGGGCGGCCUCUACGAGGUGGAUGUGACCCAAGGAGAAUGCUACCCGGUGUAUUGGAACCAGUCCGAUAAAAUACCAGUAAUGCGUGGACAGUGGUUUAUUGAUGGUACUUGGCAGCCGCUAGAAGAAGAAGAAAGUAAUUUAAUUGAGCAAGAACAUCUUAGCUGUUUUAGAGGUCAGCAGAUGCAGGAAAGUUUUGAUAUUGAAGUGUCAAAACCCAUAGAUGGAAAAGAUGUUGUCUACCACCUCCCUCCCUUCUCCCUCCCUUCUCUGUUCAAAUGGAGAGGAUAUAAGGAGAGUACAGAUGCGGCAGGUCUUAAACGAAAGCGUUCCCAAGCUAUUCAUAGUUUCAAGUUGAGUCGAAACCACGUGGACUGGCACAGUGUGGAUGAAGUGUAUCUUUAUAGUGAUGCAACAACAUCUAAAAUUGCAAGAACAGUUACUCAAAAACUGGGAUUUUCUAAAGCAUCAAGUAGUGGGACCAGACUUCAUAGAGGUUAUGUAGAAGAAGCCACAUUAGAAGACAAGCCAUCACAGACUGCCCAUAUUGUAUUUGUUGUGCAUGGCAUUGGGCAGAAAAUGGACCAAGGAAGAAUUAUCAAAAAUACAGCCAUGAUGAGAGAGGCUGCAAGAAAAAUAGAAGAAAGGCAUUUUUCCAACCAUGCAACACAUGUUGAAUUUCUUCCUGUUGAGUGGCGGUCAAAACUUACUCUGGAUGGAGACACUGUUGAUUCCAUUACUCCAGACAAAGUGCGAGGUUUAAGGGAUAUGUUAAAUAGCAGUGCAAUGGACAUAAUGUAUUAUACUAGCCCACUUUAUAGAGACGAACUAGUUAAAGGCCUUCAGCAAGAGCUGAAUCGAUUAUAUUCCCUUUUCUGUUCUCGGAAUCCAGACUUUGAAGAAAAAGGGGGUAAAGUCUCAAUAGUGUCACAUUCCUUGGGAUGUGUAAUCACUUAUGACAUAAUGACUGGCUGGAAUCCAGUUCGACUCUAUGAACAGUUGUUGCAGAAGGAAGAAGAGUUGCCUGAUGAACAAUGGAUGAGCUAUGAAGAACGUCAUCUUCUUGAUGAGCUCUAUAUAACUAAACAACGGCUGAGAGACAUAGAAGAACGGCUACAUGGAUUGAAGGCAUCAUCUAUGACGCAAACACCUGCCUUAAAAUUUAAGGUUGAAAAUUUCUUCUGUAUGGGGUCCCCGCUGGCAGUUUUUUUGGCAUUGCGUGGCAUCCGCCCAGGAAACACUGGAAGUCAAGACCAUAUUUUGCCCAGAGAGAUUUGUAACCGAUUACUAAACAUUUUUCAUCCAACAGAUCCAGUGGCUUAUAGAUUAGAACCGUUAAUACUGAAACACUACAGCAACAUUUCACCAGUCCAGAUCCACUGGUAUAAUACUUCCAAUCCUCUACCUUAUGAGUAUAUGAAGCCAAGCUUUCUUCACCCAGCAAAAGAACCUACCUCAAUUUCAGACAGUGAAGGCAUUUCAACAAUACCAAGCCCUGUGACUUCACCAGUCUUGUCCCGCCGACACUAUGGGGAAUCUAUAACAAAUAUAGGCAAAGCAAGCAUAUUAGGGGCUGCGAGCAUUGGAAAGGGACUUGGAGGAAUGUUGUUCUCAAGGUUCGGACGUUCAUCUGCAUCACAGCCAUCUGAGGCAUCAAGGGACUCUGUGGAAGACGAGAAGAAGCCGGUUGCCUCACCUCCCACGUCCACUGUGGCAACGCAGACCCUUGCACAUAGCAGUUCUGGCUUUCUUGACUCUGCAUAUUUCAGACUUCAAGAAUCGUUCUUUAAUCUCCCACAACUUCUUUUUCCGGAAAAUGUAAUGCAGAAUAAAGAUAAUACCCUCGUGGAAUUGGAUCACAGAAUUGAUUUUGAACUCAGAGAAGGCCUUGUGGAGAGCCGCUAUUGGUCAGCUGUCACAUCGCAUACCGCCUAUUGGUCGUCCUUGGAUGUUGCCCUCUUUCUUUUAACCUUCAUGUACAAACAUGAGCACGAUAAUAGUGCAAAACCCAACUUUGAUCCAGUCUGAACUGUUGAAGGACAUUAAUGGCCCCAAACUGACUUUUUUCUGUUAAAAUAUGUGUGUCAACAUAUGGAAGUUUCAGGUUUAAGUAUGUUUCACUUUUGUUUAGGGUAAGAAAUAUUUGAAUUUAGAAGCACUUUAUUUUACUUUAAAAAAACAAAGCAAAUGUUCAGUCCGAAAGAAGUUAUUUAUAGUUUUCCUCAUUUUAAGUAUGAGUCUGACAGAACCCCCUGCAGAGAAUCAAGCAAGACCUGGAAGUAAGGAGGACUUGGGUGGACUGCAAGGUUAUAGAUCACAAUCUAAUUUCUCCCAAAUAUAAAGGCAUAUUAAUGGGUUGAAUCUAAUGUAUUAACCAAAAUAUGUUAUAAAUCUAAAAUGAUCAAGGUCCAGGGUAUUCUACGUAAAGAUCACAAGGUGGUAUCAUUGUUUUCGAUUUCCAUGGAAGCUUCCAUUUCCACAAUUUCUUUGAAACAUGAGUGUAACAGAUUUUAAAUGUUUUGAAUUUAACUUGUUUAGAAAAACUAAUGCUAAAAUAGAAGCAACAUUUGAACUAUUGUAUUUAUAGUUUAUUACCUCUAAUUGUUUUAUGUCAAUGUAUGAAACAUUACAUUUUUUAAAAUGUUUCCUUUGAACAAUUUAAGAACCAUAUUUAUUUUCUAUAGUGUUAAGACCCUUUUUUCUCAGAACUCCAUCUUUGUACUCUUCAGAUGAAUAUAUAGACACUGUGGCAUACUUUAAGCAUUUUUUUCAUUAAAAAAUUGUAGUUUUACACAAAUAACACUAGUUCAAUUAUUUUGAAAAAAAAUGAACUUUUUAUUAUGUCCCAUGUACCUCAGAGAAAGCUGAAGUUUUCUAAACUUGACAUGGAAUACUCCAUAAUGAAUACAUUUAAUAAACUUUACUGGAAAAUUAGUAAACUUCUUUGGAGUAGGGAGUAUGACAACUAAAUUUUGAAUAUAUAAGCAUCUGUGUGCCAAACAAUUAACAUAUAAAAAGGGGAUGGAGUGCCACUAAAGUGUUUAAGGAAUCGUAAUUGAGACAUAGACACAAUAGUUCAGGAUUCUGAGGCAUUGAAAGAGUUUCCUCAGCUGUAAUUUUUUCCACAGUGCUUUUCAUCUGAGGAGCUCAAAGUGCUUUGCGAUUUAAUAAUCUAUGUAGUAGCUUCUUGAGGUAAGUAAAUGAGUGUUAUUCUCAUGUUAUAUGUUAGUACACUAAGGCACCAAAACAUUUAAAGUGCCUUGAAUUAGAUUACAGAGCAAAUCAGAGCUCAGACUGAAGACAGACCAUAUUCUCUUAUGUGCUGUUCAUUGACUGAUAAUUCACAUGUGACCUCUUGUUUUGCAAACAGUAAUAACAGAAGUUGCAAUUCAUAAUUUGGAAAAAUGACUGUGAAGCCAGUACUUUACCCUACUCGUCAUAUACAUUCUUGGGUUCUCACACUCAAAGGAGGAGUUACUUAGAGGGGAUCAGUAGCCAUCUUUGCCACAACCAACCCAUACUUCUGAGAGGCUUCCACUGGGUUCCACUUAAGGUGCUAUCUUUGCUUAUCUUAGCUCCCCAGGAAUCGUCAAACUGGGAGCAAAGUUGGUCGAUUGUACAUCUCACCUUCUCCUUUCUUUUUAAGAUGAUAGAAUCUUUGGAUUACUUGUAGGUUUUACUCAGCACUGUCAGUCCUCUAUCUGUUUUUGGCCUUCCAUUGAAUUUGCACAACAUAAAGCACUUCUUUUUAGUGCUUAAAAAGAUCCCAAGGCUCCAUGCCCAAAUACGUGACUCACUAAGAAACUCUUGCUAUAAAAGGCUUUUGAUGCAAUCUUAGCAAAGCUGAAGCAAUGUCUUUCGAAUUUAGAGAUUCCUGUGAACUCAGGUCAUUCUCAUACCCUGUUUGUUUCGUAGGUCUAUUUACUUCUCAGGAGAAUUAAACUCAUAUCCCAUAUGACUUUAUCAUUAAAGGUAUGUGAGCAUUUGGGUGGUAUGACACUCACAUGCCUAAGAGCUUUAAGGGAUUCAUUCUCUUUUUUGGGGGGGUGGGGCGCUGCCCUGGGUCUUCGUGUGGCUUGCAGCUUCUCUAGUUGCACGCUUAGUUGCAGUAUGUGGGAUCUUAGUUCCCCGACCAGGGAUUGGACCUGGACACCCUACAUUGGAAGCGUGGAGUCUCAACCACUGGACCACGAGGGAAGUCCCAAGGGAUUCAUUCUUAACCAUUAGAAUGUGAAGAGCCCCUUUUACCUGAGAGGAUUGAAAACCUAGCAAACCUUUUCAUUUGAUAUAGAGUAAAAAGAAAAGUAUAUUCCCAUAGCUAUAGGAAUAUAUCUGCUUCCCUUUUUUCAUAUUGAGGAAAAAAAUCCAAUUUAACCCCAUGGAAGUUAUUUGAGUUCUUGAAAAUAGUAACAUUCAAAACCCCCUUUUCAAAAUGAGAUAUUCUGGAUUAUUGGAUAGGGGUUUUGUUUUCAAUUCAUUAUUUCAUCAAUAGAGAUGGCGAUUUUGAUUUCACAGUACUCUUCUUGUUUCCAUGUCUGCAUGUUAUCAUGGAAUGUACUUGUACGUACUCAAGUAAUAUACAGAGUAUGUGUAAUUAUAGCUUGAUUUAGGAGCUAAGUCAGUUACUGAGUAAUAUUUUGCAACUUUAUUCCAGCAAGUACUAAAUUUUUGAUACCAUUAAAAUUUUAUUCUCUAUUUUGUGUACCUGCUAUGAUGAUUCUUCUGAGUACUGGUCAGACUGUUCAAACAAUUUUAAUCUAGUUAGGUCCCCAAGAAUUAUUUAAACUUAGAAUGAGGAGAAAGUUUUGUUCAUAACUUUAUUUUCAACAGUAAUUAUGCUUGUGUUAUAAUCCAGUGUUACAGUAUAUUAGAACAUAUUAUAAAAUGUACUCAGUUUUCCAUAGCAAGCCUUAGGAAUCUUAUGUUUGUCUUCUAUUAAAUAGCAUCUGUCAGCCUUUGGAAAUUCUCACAUUGAACGUUCUGUAGAAGCCCUCAGACAGUGACAUGUAAACAUUCAUCUCAUUCUCAUUUUCUCUCUGUUGUUUCCUCGUUGGGGGCUGAAGCAUUUGGGUCAUAUCCUUCCCCCAAAGAGCAAACAGGAAAGGAAACCAUCAGUGGAGUGUCACGGCCAAUUCCACAACUCCUUCCAGUGAUGACACUUGAGCCCUUUAAGGUGGAAUCGGACCAAACCUAGAAAGUUCACUGUAAGGCCUACAGUAGAGGGAAAAAAACUGAAUUGCCUUCUGCUUAGGUUAGUUAAUAUUUCUGUCUUCUCAGCUGUAAUGAGUAAGGCAUUUGGACAAUUGAGAAAACUAAUUUGAGUGUUAUGUCUUAACAAUUGUUUGAAUAAUCUUGUUAGCAUGGAAAUGGGGCUAAAAAAGAUAUGCGAUAUUAAAGAAGAGUCAAGGCAGAGCUAAAAAGAGGAUGUAGUAGUCAUUGACUGGAGAAAGAACUGGAACUUGACCAGACAGUCUUGAGUGUUGGGUAGGUAACUUCUGUGGUUACUCUCAAGUGUCUCUUACCCAGAUUCUGCUGUCAUCCCUGCUCCUCAAGCCUCUGCCAAGAGUCAGAUGGUCCUCUGGCUGAAUUUGAAACACAUGCAUUAAAUCCUUUUAUGGUUAGGUAUGGGCAACGCAUAUAGUUUCCUGACAUCUUAUAAUAACUUACCUACAUAGAAAAACUUUUGCUGUAUCUACAGCAGAUUCGGCAGGAAGCGCCCCUACUGAACUCUGAACUCUGUUACUUCUAGGAUGGGUCUAGGAAGCCUGCAGACCACGCUGUCUCCUUUUGCAGUAGUCAGAGGGAAAGGAAGUUGCCAAGGAAGUAUGUGUAGUAUUGAGCUUGGAGCAGUGUACAGAAUGGCGGGAUAUAAAAUUUCAUCUCAAAGGUCUCAUUUAGUAAAUGUUACUGCUGGCAUGAUAACAGCCUUGGUCAUAUGCAUCCUAUUUUAGUCUUCAUUGGAUGUUUGCAAUGAUUCAAAGGAUCCUAAAAUUUCGGGGUUUGUUCAGAUUUUAGAGGUCAUCUAGUCCAACCCUGUUUUAGUUUCAUGUGAGCAUUUAAAUAGCAUAGAGGUCAUGAAAAGUGAAGGGAGGGGUGGCAUGUUAGCUUCAGCCCAAAGACAUUGAGAGACUAAAUACUCAGCAGUAGAGGAGGGAAUUUGAUGGUGUCUCUAAGGAAAAAUGUCGUUGACCACAGUAGAAUUCUAAAGCUGGAAGGGCUGUAGAUAUCCUCAUUUUCCAAAGCAUGUUCUGGGGACUUUAAUAGAUGUCGGUUCAGAAAAUAAGUUUGGGAAAUGCCAAAUUUAGAAGACUCCUUUACGGCAGGACUUUCAGGAGCCUCUGAUGCAUUAAAUGCAGUGUGAAUCUAUCUGGUGCUGUGGGGUGGAGGAGGGGGAGUUUUUCCAAACUUAUUUAACCAUAACUUUAUUUAUAUGAAUAUACUUAGAGAAGUGCCAUCACAUUUAAUUCCUGUAUUUUACAGAGAUGUAUCGUUUUGUUUGACAAGUGACCACUCCCACCCUAUAAGGUCACAUGGCCAGCCAAUGACAGAGUCAGAAUUAGAACCUAGUCCCCUGAUUCCCAGCUUUGUCUUACACCACAGUGCCUGUGUUUCCUUCCCAUAAUACAUAUCGAGCUCCUAAAUGGCAGAAACUACGUCGGGGCAGGGCGGGGGGUGGGGGGGAGCGCUCGCGUGAUGCUUUUGGAGCUGUGAGCUCUCAACGAAUGGCUCUAGGCUUGAGUUCCCCAGUUGGUUUCCUUUGUUCCCAGGCUGUCCUGAAAGAAUGCCCUACCGGGUCUGGAUAGACUUCCUUUCGUGUCUUAGAUUCAAAAUACCCAAAAAAAAGAAAAGCAAAAGAGGAAAUUUCCUGGCAGCCAAGUGGUUAGGACCCUGUGCUUUCACUGCCGAGGGCUGGGUGGCACAAUCAAAGAAAAUAAUAAUAAGCAAAAGAAUGAAAAAAUUACAUAAGAAAAAUCCAAAAUGCCCAGGAUACAUUGUAUUAGUUUUCCAUUCUAGUGACAAAUACAAACUUGGUAGGGAAACAAGUUGCACAGUGUUAAAUAAUGUUUAAUAUUCCUUUUGUUUCCUUUCUGUACUGUUUAUAUGUUGACCUUUUAUCAAUUCAUGACAAGUAGAGCCCUUCUAAAACUGUUCCAACAUAGGUUAACUAAUAGAAAUUUUAAAAGUCAAGUACUAUGUGGAGAAUAUGAGACGAGUUUCUGGUGUGUGUGCGUGUUUUCCCCAAAAACAGUCUCUUGGCAGGUAGUUAGCAUGAACUUUUCCUCAGCCUUUGUGUUUGAAUAGGGGUGGGAGUGCACUUAGUAUUGUCUGUUACCUUCUGUUUUUUCAUUUAUGUGUCACAGAGUGCAUCUCGCUUCCUUCCCACUGUGCAGUUGCCAGGCUGUGUUGGGAAGCUGUUCUUUAGGGAGGUUACAUCUGGUCUUCUGUUGGAGAGUAAGAUGAAAAACAAGUAUGUUAAUACUUGACCUUUAGUACUUUCUCCUGGAAGACAUCGAAUAUCUAUGAGCUCCUUCAUACCUUCCCUUGACGACACCCACACUCACUACCAUCUCUGCUUGAUCUCUGAAAAUAUUUGAUUCCCCAUGAGCUUUGUGAUGGAAAAGUACAACCAUUUUGUGGGUCUAAGGCUGUCAUAAUAAAUCCA